GCUACAUCUUUGGAGACCCUGGACUCUGCAGACGACGACCCCGGCGAUAGUCAGACGUCGUCGUCAGCGUCGCAUUGAGCGCCUUCGGUCACAACUUCCAAUCCCGGCCUCCGAUGCCAGCCUUCAAUCCCGGCGUGGCGGGUGCAUCGCAGAGCAGUGAGGUGCAACACAGUUACCAGCGGCGGUCGCGCAUUCCACGACCUCCAAACGCCUUCAUGCUGUCCGCACAUGGAAAGAGGCGAUCGGUGGCCGCUGAGAACCCGAACGAAAACAACCAGCGUGUGAGCAGCCGCCUGGGCAAGCUGUGGCGUUCUCUCAGCGCCGCCGACAAGGAGCCUUACCAGCGCAAGGCGGCCGAAGUUGCCGCUGUCCACCGAAGGAAGUACCCGGGCUACAUGAACAAUCAACGUGAGGCCCAGUGGUGCAAGGGGCAGGAGCGCAUGACUAAGGUGAUUUCCAGCAAGCUCAAGAAUGGUACUUCCGGGGGCCAGGGGCAGCAGCCGAGCAUUUCCAUGGCCGCGGCUGAGGAUCGAGACUCGCCGGAGUUCCAGCAGCAACAGCAUCCGCCUCCGCCGCCUCAAAGAAACGAACGGCGGGCAACCAGUGCUGCCCGGGGCAGUGAUUCGUGCGCUCCUAAGGGAAUGACGCUGCCUAGGCCGUCGGCCACUUCCGCGGCCGCGGCGUCGGCUCGAUCGGGUGAUCGACCCUACAACGUGCCCUGGUUCCCCGGUCAACUACCACCGUCAGUGGGUGGGUACAACAGAGAAAACGCCGUGCCCACCACUCACUUAAGGGCAGCUCGCGGAUUCAAGCAACCUAAAACGCCAUGUGCGCGAGCAAAGCUUGAUACUCAGCUAUCCCCCUUGCACCUGGGCGACAACGAGGACGGCUUGUUUGCGGGCACGCCGACGUUCGACCAGGGCGGAAUUCUGGAUACCCUAGGCUCUGCUGUCGGUGCCCCAGGCGAAGGUCAGCCGUGGUCGUCGGCCGCUGGCUGCAUUGCAGCGUAGGUGCGCCAGCGCGUUCCUGCCAAGCACUCGGCGCCAGCUGCUAAGGACCGGGAAUCAGCAGCAUAUGAUUGUGCCGUCCUCAUCCCCAUUGUCGCGAUUAGUGCGAGGAUACCGAAUUGCGCUAAUAGUUUAUAAGUUCUAUUUAUUAUGUCAAAGAAUAUAAAGGCGAUGC